UAUUAGUUUUAAUCGUAGUAUAUAUUUCAAUAAAAAGGAAUCAAAUAUUGAUUAAUCAUCUUAACUUUUUGCCUAAUUAAAUUUUCUUACAUUAUUAUUUUGAUCUUUCAUUCUUUUGAACCCCUAACAGAAAAUUCAUACCUUCCCUGAGAAGUUGAUUGAAGCCUGCGAGCGAAAAAUUUGCUGAGAACGUAACGUAACAUUCCUUGUACAAUAUGUCAUCGACGAUGAGAGAUCACGGGAUCUUUAGCCGGAUGGCGAGCCUUCCUCGUAGCAUUAUGGAAGAAUUUUCAAGGGCCAUGAGUGAUAUAGGAUCAGGAAGAAGAAGAAGACGACGAUCAAGAAACCAAAAUGAACUCUCUCCUUCGUCAUCUUCAGAUUUCCAGUUCCGGCCAUUUCAGCCGCCGUUGGAUCCACCGGCAGUUCGGGAGGACCAGUGGGCCUUUCUGGAGAGUUUUGAGCUUCAAUAUGGCACCGUACAUCCUUUCUUCUACGCCUGCCGUUUAAUGGAAGUUCUGAAACUAGCAGCGCAAGACAAGAAGUUGGUGUUCAUGUACAUCCAUUCGCCAGAACACCCUUUCACGCAUAAUUUCUGUAGGGAAACACUCUGUAGUGAGCUCGUCACGGAGUUUCUUGACGUGAACUUUAUUUGCUGGGGAGGUCUUGCCGAUCGAGGCGAAGGUCUUCGUAUGGUGACCACUCUCCGCCCUGCUAGCUUUCCCCUUUGCGUCGUCGUCGCCCCUGCUUCCGGUGAUACCAUGACGGUUCUGCAACAGAUAGAAGGACCAGUUUCGACGGCGGAGCUAGUGGAGGUUUUACAGAGAACAAUGGAGGAGCAAGGAUUGGCUUUUGGAAGUGACAGGGCUCGGCGGGAAGAAAUGAUCAGAGCUGAUCGUCGGCUGAGAGAAGAACAAGAUGCUGCAUAUCUUGCAUCUUUGCGAAUUGACCAGGAAAAAGAAAACAUCAGGAAUUCAACUUCCACAGAAAGAGUUCAGAAACCAGCAGAAGCUUUGAACACCAGAAAUUAUGAGAAGCCUAAGAACAAAUCUAAAGUGAAUGGACCUACAACCGCUACGCAAAAUCAAAACAAAGGAGUUCCAAAUCGGGCAGGCCAGUCUCAACCCACUCAGAUAUUGAUAAGGUUUCCAAAUGGAGAAAGAGGAGAGCAGAGAUUUGAGAGUACGGACAAAAUCCAGGCAAUUUUCGCAUUCAUUGAUUCACUGGGAUUGCCUGGGAUUGGGAAUUACAGAUUGGUGUCAAACUUCCCAAGAAAAGUGUAUGGCGUGGAUCAGAUGAGAAUGACACUCAAAGAUGCUGGCCUCCAUCCCAAAGCUAGCCUUUUCCUCGAGCCCAUAUCCACUGACCCAUAGGCCUUGGGUCAAUCUUGUGGGCUACCCACUGUGUUCUUCAAACAUAUGGCCUUUUCUUUUCGCCCCCAAGAAUUCUCCGUUCUGGGUUGUGUCUUCUUAUUGGUUGUGAGCUUAAGGACUUCAUUCAGACUAUAACAUAGCGCCCGUCCCAUUUAUUAUAUGAAUAAACGUGGGGUACUGGUUAGGAGUUCAGAAGUUAAGGAUGGACACAAUGAAGGUGAAAUUAAUAAAACUGCUGACUAAUGGAGUUCGAGUAGGA